AUGGGUAAGAAGUGGAAAGACAAUAGGUGGAGACUGGCCAAUGAGAUAUAUCAAAAAGACAAAUCGUUUCAGGAAAACCUUGAUUUAUACCCUGAUGGCAUGACAAGGGAACAAUGGGCAAGCUUUUUGACAUAUAAAACAAGUGAGAAAGCAAAGAAGUAUAGUAUCAUCAAUACUGCAAAUAGACAGAAACAAACAAUUCCACAUACACUUGGCUCAAAGACUUUAGCAAGGAGGAAAAGGGAGCUGGAAAUACAAGAAGGACGCAAAUAUAGCAGAGGUGAGAUGUAUGUUGUUUCUCACAUAAAAAGAGAUGGCAAUUUUGUGUGUGACGAAUCUAGGCUGAAAAAUGACCAAUUACUUGCACAGAUAGAACAAGCCAAUACUGAACAAGAGGCUUUUGUACAUGUUUUUGGGAAGGAACACCCAGGUCGCGUUAGUGGCAUGGGUUUUGGGGUGGUCCCCAGCCAAAUCCGUAGAACAUCUACUAGUUCAGCCUCAACUUCUUCUACUGGUCCUACACAAGCUGAGUAUGAUGUCUUGAAAGAAGAAUUGGACACUAUAAAGGGCAAGGUGCUAGAAAUCGACACAUUGAAAGCGCAAAUGGCACUUUUUAUGCAUACUUUUGCUGGUCAGUUACCAUCUAAUCAUGUUGUUGAGUUGGGCUCUCCUGGAAUCAGAAAGUCCUCACAUGCUAGUCAUAACCCUUCUGAUGGGCCAACAACAUCAAAUCAAGCACCCCUACCACCAUAA